UCCCAUCACGCAGCGCCGUCUCGCGUCUUCGCGACAGCUCGCGGCGUCUCCGCGGAGAGACAACUCGGCGGCGGCUCUGGCUGGAGUCCGAAGGAGCAUCGAGUCUGCGAGUCUGCUCAGGGUUGGGUUGCUGCUCGUGUCUCUCUGCCCCUGUGUUCAUUGUUGGUGUUUGCGCUGCUUGUUUAUUGUGGGGUUUGUUGUGUUGGCAUCGUUGUUUAUGUUUUGUGGUUUUACGUGUGUUUGUGUCUUUUGGUGUUAGUGGGUGUGUCUGUUUUAAUCUUAUGAUCAGAGUGAUGCUAGUUUUGUUGUGUGUCUGCAUGUGAUGGUAUUUGUAUGUUAUUUCUAGAUUUGAAGCUUUCGUGACUGCAAUGAUUCAUACUCUUAGUUCUUUCGGUAAAGUCACGUAGGUAAAAUAUGAAAUUAAAAUUAAUAAAAUAAAAAUCACGACGUUGUGUAUUUGUAUGUUAUGUUGGUGAUGGUGUUUCGUGAUGGGACAGUAGUGGAGAGAGAGUGGAGAGUUUACCAUUAUACCUGGGCAGUGUGGUCAUGACCGGCCCAAGUUUAACAGCAGAGGUCUCACUCCGAAUCAGUCGAGCGGCAGUAUCUUUUCAUCGGUUGCGUAACGCUGUGUGGAAGCUGCCUGGUCUGUCGCUCCGCACGAAGCUUCGGGUCUUCUCGGCCACAGUCAUUCCCUCUCUUAUCUAUACUUGCGAAACGUGGACCCCCCCUAAUGGAGCAUCUUCGCCGGUUGGAAACAUUUAGGCUGGCCUGCCUACGAUCCAUCCUGAGUUUAACCAGCAGGCUGGAUUGUGUGAGGAGCUCACAAAUCCUUGAAAGAUCUGGACAAAGUCCCAUCGGUGAGCUCCUCCGGCAGGCAAGGCUGCGUUGGCUGGGUCAUGUAGCCCGCAUGCCCAGCCACCGCAUGCCCAAACAGCUUUUGUUCGGCCGGAUCGAGGGAGCUAAACGGGCGCGGCACGGGCUAGAGAAGAGAUGGAGUGAUGUGGUACAGGAGGACGUGGAGCUGAGUGGACUUGCCGAUGACUGGUACCAGCGGUGUCAAGAUCGGCCUCUGUAGAGGCGGCUCGUGAAGGACGCUACUGGGCAGUUGAAGGCAGUCGCCCUCCAGCAACAACGGAGGGGAGAGGAGCGAUGCUCACAACAACGAGCGGAGCACCGGGUGGCUAAAGCACAGCAAGUUGGCACAGAAGGGGGCACAGGUGGUGUAUCAGCCAGUCAUCUCAGUCAACCCAUGGAACCUGGGUCUGCCCUGUGACCUGCCAGCGGGCAUUUGACACUUCACGUUGCCUUAACGUGAUGGUGUUAUGUUGGUGAUGGUGUCUGUGUGUAAUUUUGGUGAUCGUGUCUGUGUGUAAUGUUGGUGUAGGAGGCAUGGCGAUAGCAUUUGUGGAGGGAUGGGACCUGGUGCAGACACUCGGGGAAGGAGCUUAUGGAGAGGUGCGCCUGGCCGUGAAUCGCGCCACAAAGGAGGCGGUGGCGGUGAAGAUCAUCGACGUCCGGCGCGUGGCGGCGACCGCGGGGCCCGAGACGGUGCGCAAGGAGAUCUGCAUCAACAGCAUGCUGACCCACAGCAACGUGGUGCGCUUCUUCGGCACGCGGCGGGACGGCGACAUCCACUACAUUUUCCUCGAGUACUGCAGCGGCGGGGAGCUCUUUGAUCGCAUCGAACCGGACGUCGGCAUGCCGGAGUUCGACGCUCAGAAAUUUUUCCGGCAGCUGCUAGCCGGCGUGGAAUACUUACACAGCCUGGGCAUCACUCACCGUGACAUCAAACCAGAGAAUCUGCUCCUUGAUGAAAAUGACAAGCUGAAGAUCUCGGACUUUGGGCUGGCCACGGUGUUCCGGCACAACGGGCGGGAGCGGCGCCUGAGCCGCACGUGCGGCACGCUGCCAUACGUGGCCCCCGAGCUUCUGCAGCCCGACCCGACAUUCCGCGCGGCUCCGGUCGACGUGUGGGCGUGCGGCGUGGUGCUCACCGCCAUGCUGGCUGGCGAGCUUCCGUGGGAUCAGCCAGCGAUGUCGUGCAUGGAGUUUGUGGACUGGAGGCAGCGGAGGCUGCACGUGACUCCCUGGAGGAAGAUUGACUCCCUGCCCUUGGCUCUACUCAGGAAGGUCCUGGAACCGGACGCAGAGAAGCGCGCAACAAUCCCGGAAAUCCGCCAAAACUCCUGGUUUAACCACACCCUCAAGCGAGGUGGUGUGCGGAGGGAAUCGGGGGAGUCUGGACUCGGCUCCAAGCGAAUCUGCUCUGGGUUUGACCUCUCUCCAGGAUCGCUCGCCAGCGACGAGCGGGUGCGCUACUCCGUUUCUCAGCCCGAGCCGCGCCUCACCCAUCCGUCCCCCUCCCAGCCGACGGGCAGCUCCAUAAACGCCCUUCUUGGGGGCCUCAGCUUCUCCCAACCGCUCCACCCUGAUCACAUGCUUCUGAGCAGCCAAUUGCAGUCCACACCGGGGUCCUCGCAGAACCCCUGGCUAAGACUCGUGAAGCGCAUGACGCGCUUCUUUGUGCGUGGUGCGGCCGAGGAGGUGCGGUCACGCCUGAGCGAGGUGUGCGAAGGCCACGGGCUCUCCUACCGCCAGACCUGCCCCACGCAGGUGACCCUGUCGACCCUCGACCGACGCAACAACAAACUAAUAUUCAAGGUUACCUUCCUAGAGAUGGAUGGACGGCUCCUGCUUGACUUCCGCCUAUCAAAGGGUGACGGGCUAGAGUUCAAGAGGCACUUCCUGAAGCUGAAGGGUCACCUGUACGACAUCGUGAGUAAGCCGACCCCCACCUCCACCCCGACCUCGCCGACCCCGACCUCGCCGACCCUGACCUCGCCAUGACCUCAUGUCGACCUCUGGGGUCAAGAAGUCACCCAGGGAUGCCCAGUUCCGCUCUCCUUCCCGUCGUCGCCUGAAGGCAAUGUUAUGAACUCGGAGAUUUUUUUUCACUCGACUUUAGUUGAUGUUUUGGAUUUCUCGAGUGACGAGACUUGUCAAAGCAACAACAAAUGUAGCAACUUUCUGGGAAGAGGACAUUGUGCAUAUGUAGGAACGAUUCCACAAGUAUUAAGAAUCCUGUAGCAGUCCGCUGCGUGUGACACUUGGUAAAUGGCUUAGCGGUGACGUGCGCGAUGACUUCAUAGAUUCCUAUCUUGCGAGAUUAACUGCAUAUUUUAGGUUCGUUUGGGUGACUUUUCGCCCGAAAAGAGUUGGCGCAACCCUGACUUUCAAGGUCAGAUUUAAAAAAAAAACGGAAGUGACGGUGGAGAUUCGAGCAGACGGCGGAGACGCAAGGUGGUGGCCAACGGCGGCCGGGCAGCAACUUUGGACGGCUCGGGGAGUUUUCUGUUAGUUGGGCAGCUCGGUGGGGCAGUAGCAACGCUCACGCCUCAUGGCAAAAAGGGGCCUGGGUUCCAUUCCCGACUUGGGCACCUUCCUGUGUGGAGUUUGCAUCUUCUCCGCCUGUUCUGACAUAGGUUUCCUCACACUCCGGGUUCUGCGGUUUUCUCCCAUAGUUUAAAACAUGGCAUUGCCACUGGUGUUGGCCUGACGUGCUCGAUUGUAGCAGGACCAUCCUCAAAAAGAGCGGUGAGACUCGACCGGUGUGGCUUACCCGGCGGAAUAAAUAAUGAACAUUUAACGUUCGUGUGAACCAAUGCAAAUGCUUUUUGUGAAUUAUGAGCAACUCGUCAGAGAUGUGCUUGCGUGCGAACUGGACACAAGCAAAGGUUGUAACGCUACUCGCAAAGUGAAAUUGCAAGGUGGGAAAAAGACCAGAUUGGGAAUAGUGGCUCAGUCCUCCAAGCAUGCCUCAUGUGACAUCACCACACUGUGUGUGUAAUGCACUCAGCUUUGGGGUGCCGUGGUGGCCAGAUGUUAAAUACCUCGCCUGGUAUGCAGGAGGUCGUGAGUUUGAUUCCAACCCUGACAACUGCUAUAUAUUUGGAGUUUGCAUGUUCUCCCCGUGGUGGCAUGGAUUUUUCUCUGGGUUCUCCGGUUUUUCCCUCCACAGAAAAAUGCAUUUAUCGUAGUUGGUUACUAUAAAUUUCCACGUGAUAAGCCACUUCGUUGAGCCGUAAUUUCUCGCCAAAUUGUGCCUGUUUUUAUUUCUAAACAAGGCAGCAGGAGGCAACAAUGGCUAUAUGCUACUGAUGAUUCAUAAUUAUGAUAAAACCGAAGGUGUAGUAAAUGAGAGUGAAUGCUUCUCUUGAUUUAAGCUGGGUUGUAAGUAUUUGGGGGGGGAAGAGACGAUGACGGGAGGAGGGGAUUUCAGAGUGGAGCCGCGUGAGGGAAGAACCGGAGAGAGAGAAGUGAGGUGACCCGCAGUGUGGCUCACCCCCAGAGCGCGGGUGAGAUGAAACCAAACCAGCUGGCAGACCGAGUCCUCACUCACGGUAGUAGCGAUGGAAGAGUGACAAGGAGGAAAUUCGCCGUAGGAGAGCGAGUAAUUGGAAUUAAUCUGUGAGCUCUGGAUCAUCGGUCGCACCGAUUGCUCUUUGCGUGUAAUUCUCCAGGACGCCGUGAGGUAGGAACCGGGUGCUCCGCCCCAGACGUGGUGACAGGAUUCCAGUUUGGGCUUGCGUUGUGCUCCGUAGAGCAGGAAUAAUUGUUCAGAGUUAAAGAUGGCUAUGGUGAUGCCCAGGGCUUGUGUUUCUCAGAAUCUUUUUCCCGACUGGAAUGGGGGCGUGAUUAGUGGACCAGAGCUAAAGCGAUGUGCUGUGCCAGGAGCUUAAAAAGUUUACGGGUCGAGCAACCCAGGCAGAACCAGGCUGAAAUUAAUCCCCUGAAGAUGCUGGGAAGGACUAAUGCUGUGGCUGCAAUGUCAUCACCUUCUGUGCAUGUUGUUAAUGUUACUCUGUUAAUGUCACUCUUUGACUUUGUCUACGUUUGUUUUUGAUUGUUCUGAGCUGGCUCCCAUCCCCCCACCGCAGGUGGGAGUAGCGCUCUGAGUCAACGUUGCAAGAUUUUUCCCAGAGUAGAUUUGUUAAAUUUUAACUUAAAACUUUCUUGACUGCAGGAAUUCAUAUUCUUUGAUUCUUUCGGUAAAGUCACGUAGAUAGAAAAAGUAAAUUGAAUAAAAAUUGUAUUAACUUUUUUUUAUCUACGUGACUUUAUCGAAAGAACCAAAGAAUAGAUUUGUUUUUUAAAACCCGUUCACGGAAUUCUCAUUCUUCCGAGCCGUGUCACCAGCACGCGCACACAACUACGCGUGUAAAACGUUAUCAAGUUACGCGUCUUUGUUUUUGUGUAGAUUUGUAACCUUCCUAAUAAAAGUCAAAAACAGAAGCGAA